AUGGGUCGAAGAUCCCGAUCACGGUCUCGCGAUCGCGACAGGGACAGAAAACGUAAAAAACACAAGAAACGCUCAAGGUCUCGUUCAAGAGAGCGCAAGCGUGAACGGAAAGAGCGUCGCCGCGAUAGAAGAUCAAGAACACGAUCUCGAAGUCCAGUAAAAUCAAAGAAAUCGGAAGCAAUCGUCAUUCGAAGCCGCUCUAACUCGCCCGAUGUUCAAAUUAUGAAAACAGAGAAGGCCCCGGUUCAAGACUCUUCUGCGGAUCUUGGCGCGUAUGCAAAACUGUUCUCCAAGUCAAAAGAACUUGAAGAAGAACGAAAACGGAUGAAGGAAGCGUCGGAAAGAGUUCUGAGUGAAAAAGAAGCCCUUCUUGCUCCUUUAUCAAAUGAGAAGUCGGAAGAAGAAAUGAUGGCUGAGAUGAUGGGCUUCUCAAACUUUGAUACCACUCAGAAUAAAGGGCAUGAGGACAACGACGUAGGAGAGAGCCGCUGCAUCAAACAGCGAAAGUACCGACAAUAUAUGAACAGGAGGGGCGGCUUCAAUCGUCCGCUUGACUCUAUGUAA